CCAGUCCCACCAACCAAGUCAUUACCUACAACAUCCAACUCCAACAAAAGACAGAAUCAAAGAAGAGAAAGAACUAGGAAUUCCUCCUUUCCCUCUCCUCGUCUUUGAAAGAUGGGUGCUGAGGUAUCAAAACAAGUUGAGAGAAGAAAGGCAAUCCACACACAAAAGAAAACUCUCUCUGAUCUGAAACGCUCUGGACAAGACUUCCCUGGCUCUGAUUACCAUCCCUUAGACAGAAAAAACUGGUUGUCUGAACUCAACCCAGAGAAAGUUGAGAUAAAAAAGAUUGUUUGGCCAGGAACCCAUGAUUCUGCUACCAACAAAAUUGGCAUCCCAUGUAUCACUCGUCCUUUUGCUCAAUGCCAAUCCUUGUCCAUCUAUAAUCAGCUUGUCAUGGGCACAAGGAUCAUUGACAUUCGUGUCCAAGAGGAUCGCAGGGUGUGCCAUGGAAUCCUCCUCACAUACAGCAUCGAUGUUGUCAUCAAAGACAUAAAAAAGUUCUUGUCAGAAACACAAUCCGAGAUCAUCAUCUUCGAGGUAAGAACCGAGUUUGGCCACGAUGACCCACCUGAAUUCGACAAGUACCUUCAGGAUCAACUGGGGGAUUACCUUGUUCCUCAGGAUGAAAACCUCUUCGACAAGACCAUUUCACAGGUGUUACCAAAGAGGGUUAUCUGCGUUUGGAAGCCGAGAAAAUCGCCACACCCUCAGGCUGGGAGUUCCCUUUGGAGUGAAGGGUAUCUGAGAGAUAACUGGAUCAACACUGAUUUACCAUCAACCAAGUUUGAUAGCAACAUGAAGCAUUUGAGCGAGCAACAACCUGUUACGUCCAGAAAGUACUUCUACAGGGUGGAGAACACGGUUACACCUGUUGCAGAUAACCCUGUGGUGUGUGUGAAACCUGUCACUGAACGCAUUCAUGGCUAUGCAAGGCUCUUCAUUAGUCAGUGCUUCUCCAAAGGUUGUGCAGAUAGGUUGCAGAUUUUCUCUUCGGAUUUCAUAGACAAGGAUUUCGUUGAUGCAUGCGUUGGACUCACCCGUGCCAGGGUUGAGGGUAAAGCCUAGAUUUGU